CGCUUAGCAGAGCUAAGUGGGACUUCACUGGAGCCAUGGAGCUGCUCAAGCUGAACCGCAGCGUGCAGGGACCAGGACCCGGGUCGGGGUCUUCUUUGUGCCGCCCGGGUGUCUCCCUUCUCAACAGCAGUAGUGCCGGGAACCUCAGCUGUGAACCCCCUCGUAUCCGCGGAACCGGGACCAGAGAAUUGGAGAUGGCGAUUAGAAUCACCCUUUAUGCAGUGAUCUUUCUGAUGAGUGUUGGCGGAAACGUGCUCAUCAUCGUGGUCCUGGGACUGAGCCGACGCCUAAGAACGGUCACCAACGCCUUCCUGCUCUCCCUGGCAGUCAGCGACCUCCUGCUGGCCGUGGCUUGCAUGCCCUUCACACUCCUGCCCAACCUCAUGGGCACAUUCAUCUUCGGCACAGUCAUCUGCAAGGCCAUUUCCUACCUCAUGGGGGUAUCAGUGAGUGUAUCCACUCUAAAUCUCGUGGCCAUAGCCCUGGAGCGAUACAGCGCCAUCUGCCGACCACUGCAAGCACGAGUAUGGCAAACACGCUCCCACGCAGCUCGGGUGAUCUUAGCCACGUGGCUGCUGUCUGGACUGCUUAUGGUACCCUACCCUGUGUACACCAUGGUACAGCCAGUGGGACCUCGAGUGCUGCAGUGCAUGCAUCGCUGGCCCAGUGCACGUGUCCAACAAACCUGGUCCGUGCUACUGCUACUGCUUUUGUUCUUCAUCCCGGGUGUGGUUAUUGCGGUGGCCUAUGGACUCAUCUCCCGCGAACUCUACCUAGGACUCCACUUUGAUGGUGAAAAUGACAGCGAGACCCAAAGCCGGGCCCGAAACCAAGGGGGCCUGCCGGGUGGGGCAGCACCAGGGCCUGUCCACCAGAACGGGGGCUGCCGGCCUGUAACCAGCGUAGCUGGGGAAGACAGUGAUGGCUGCUGUGUGCAACUUCCGCGUUCCCGACUGGAGAUGACAACGCUAACCACACCCACUCCUGGGCCAGUCCCUGGCCCUCGGCCCAACCAGGCCAAGCUGCUGGCUAAGAAGCGGGUGGUGCGAAUGCUGCUAGUGAUUGUUUUGCUUUUCUUCCUGUGUUGGCUGCCAGUGUACAGCGUCAACACGUGGCGCGCCUUCGAUGGCCCAGGCGCACAACGAGCACUCUCAGGCGCCCCUAUCUCUUUCAUCCACUUGCUGAGCUACGUCUCUGCUUGUGUCAACCCCCUGGUCUACUGUUUCAUGCACCGCCGCUUCCGCCAGGCCUGCCUGGACACAUGUGCCCGCUGUUGCCCACGCCCUCCACGAGCUCGCCCACAGCCUCUUCCAGAUGAGGAUCCUCCUACCCCCUCCAUCGCUUCGCUGUCCAGGCUAAGCUAUACCACCAUCAGCACACUGGGGCCUGGCUGAGGGGUUGGGAGAUUGGAGAAAGAGACAAGAUACAUAAUUACUAUCAAAUGACCCAUCCAAACACAUAAGAAACAAAAUUCAGAAUUAAUCCAGGUGAACACCCAACACCAUGGACAGACAGACCCCUACACACAGAAAAUAAUAUCUUUGCUGCCCUACCUGAAACAGAUAGGAGUCUCAUAGGAAAGGAGGCUCACUUCUGAUAAGGGGCUGAGUCCCUUCCUAGACAUCUUGCACUGACCCCAUUACAUGGACAGACACAAGGUCCGUAGCAGUAAACUUUACCUAUAAAGGGGAACUCUGACAAGGGCUGAUUGGCUCCUCAUAUGAACAUAUUACUGACACUAUUCUGUAGUGCCCAUAGCCUAGUGCAGAAGUGACUUAGGACAUUGUGGCUGUUCCCGUUUGACUUCAUUAUUGCCUUCCUCAUCCAGCACUGAAAUUAUCAACCACACGCCUUUCGCCUUUCGGAGCUGCCGAUCGUUCAGCACUGAAAAGUCCCCCCCCACUCCUUUCCAUUGGAGACUGUGGAAAGUCCUCUUCCCUCCUGCCUCUCCUCCCUCACCAGACCACAUCAUAAAAGGAUAAGUGACUUAGUGUCCUCCUGGACUUCUUGAGGUAGGUGAACAGGUGUGGUUUAUGGGAAGCUUCUUCAUUUAUUGGCUCCCAUGACUAAUCUACCCCAUAUCCAACCUUGUGCAAAAAGGCCAGGGUAUGAAGAUAGGGAUGAGCGUACCCUCUCUUGGUUGUC